UUGCUUGGUGUGAUGGCAUGAAAUACAUGAGGAGAAGCACCGGAGAAGAUUUAUAUCAUAUUUGCAUUUCACCUACAGUGGUACCUUGACUUACAAAUGACUCGACAACCGAAUUUUUUGACUUAUGAAUGGGGGGAAUGGCCGCGCGCUUACGAAUGUCUCGACAUCCAGGAAAAAACCGUGGCGGUUUUAGAUAGGGAUUUUUCAACUUACGAAUUUUUCCGUUUCCAAUGCAUUCCUAUGGGAAAUUGCAUUUCCAAUGGCGUUUUUCGACUUACGAAUUUUUCAACUUACGAAGGUGCCUUCGGAAUGGAUUAAAUUUGUAAGUCGAGGCACCACUGUACCGUGAAACACCCAGUUAGUGUUAUGAUCUGGGGUUGUAUGACAGCAAAAGGUGUGGGCAGAAUUUGCGUCAUUAAUGAGAAUGUAAAUGCCCUAAAAUACAUAGCCCAGACCUUAACCCAACUGAAAAACUAUGGAGCCGACUAAAGAAACUUGUUUGCCAAUUAACAGAGGCGAUAAUUCAAUCUUGGUUUCAUGUUAUUACAGCUACAGAACUAAAAAAAAAAUUGGUUCACUCCAUAGGAAGGCAUUGUAAGGCCAUAAUUAAAGCUAAAGUUUGUCCAACUAAGUAUAAACUGACAUGGUGAAAAUUUUUAUGUAUCUCAUUUUUUUCUAUGUGUUUCAUAUUUAUAACUGCUGUUGUGAUAUAUAAUCCUUCAUAAAAGUUAUUGCAUUAUGUUCUUCAUUAAAUUAUCUUUCCAUUAAUAUAUAAUUUUUGGUAUAUAUUUGGUAUAAUAUAUAAUUUUUUGGUUACUCCAAAAAACUGGAGUUAUGAGCCACCAGACCUUGGAAAUACACUUUUUCCAAAAGGUUUCCACAGUUUUGGCCACUAGUGUAGUUAGAGGGAUGUGGGUGUAAGUUCAAGCAAAGUAGCCUUCAAGUGAGAAAAUUUUGCUUUUUAUUCUGAACAACUAUCAACAAAACAGUAAAAGCAGUACAAUAAAACAUCAUUUCCCAGAAGCACGAAAACAAACGUUCUGAAUUUCGCUAUUUAAUUAGGCAAUCAGAUCUUGCUUCCAGACUAUCUUGAAGAUGACGGAGAUUCUUCAGAAGAAAUUACUCCUGUGUCAGACACAGGAACCAGGCAACUAGUACAAUGGCUUUCUUCUCUGUUGUUUUUGCAGUUGGAUUCAAAACUAUGCCUACUUGAUCUCUUGAGGGACUUUAGAAUAUUAGAAGAUCCCCACAGAUCUUGUAGAAUUCUGAAGACUGAGUACUUGAACUUGCAGAGUUCAGAGGACUAAGAACACAAGCUGUUGUGUCCUUCAUCAUGGUAUUUUUACCAAAUCCAGAAGAAAAUCCAAUUGCUGUUGGAUUACCUGGUGAAUUUUGAUUUACUUAAAUACUGGUAUAUCACCUGUCAAACCAAGAGAAGUAUGUUGCAAUCAGGAGUUGCAAAAUUUGCUGCACCCACAGAGAAAAUAAGAAAAAAGUAACAGCUAAAUGCUGUUAGCUGGCAAAGUGUACAUUUGCUUACCCACACACCAACUGGGUUUAUGUACACUGCUUCCAUUUUUAUUUUUGAUCAUGAAAUAAGUAGAGUUCAGCAUUAUGUCCAGAUGUUUGAGAAUUAUUUUACUGCUGAUUGCAGGAUGGCCUAGCUGCUUAUGGCCUAGUUAUGAACCUUCCAGGCAUUUGUCUGGAUCCUGCGCAUCAAAUUGGAGAAAAAUGAAUGUGUGAAAAUACCCUAGAAAGGUCCUCAAUGGUUUCAGGUUGGUGGAGAAGACAAGGUUGCUUGACAACUAAUUUUGCUAAGUCUUUUAAACAUCCUGCAAACAACACCAGUGUGGAAUUUGGCCUGGAAUUUGUAUCAGCAGGAGCAGAGAGUCCUCCCAGCUGUCAUCUUCAAGAAUGGGUACUGUGAGCCUCAAACUAUACACUCUGGCAGAUCGUUAAAACUGAGGUUAACAUUGAAAAUUACAUUUGCAGCACUUCAGACUUCUUUUCUGGUUGGCAUACUCCUUUUCUGUUCAGUUGACAUAUUAAAACCUGCCAUUCUCUUGUCCAGUCAUUUCAUCCGUGAUAAUGAUGUCUUCACUAUUGCCAAGUGUAUACCAUAUAUAUUCCUGCAGAGUCAAUGCACUCAUGCUAUCAGAAUACUACCGUGCCACGUUGGCUCCUGCAAACUUCGAAUCUAGCAUUGCCAAUUGAGAGCAAAAUACAUCUUUAAGAACAGCAAAGUGUUUGUGCAGUAGAAGGACUAUUAACAUCUUCCCAGCAUGUUUUCAAAGUGACCAUGGAGAAAAUAGUAAAACUACAGCAGUAUUAAAAAUUAUCUUUUGAAAAUGUUUAAAAUAUCAUGGAUUAAAGGUAAAGGACCCCUGACAGUUGAGUCCAGUUGUGAAUGACUUUGGGGUUGCGGCACUCAUCUCGCUUUACUGGCCGAGGGAGCCAACGUUUGUCCGCAGACAGUUUUUCCAGUUCAUGUGGCCAGCAUGACUAAGCUGCUUCUGGCGAAACCAGAGCAGCACACGGAAACGCCGUUGACAUUCCCGCUGGACCUAUUUAUCUACUUGCACUUUGAUGUGCUUUCUAAAUGUCAGGUUGGUAGGAGCAGGGACUGAGCAACAGGAGCUCACCCCAUCAUGGGGAUUCGAACCGCGUCCCAAUAUAAUAGAUUACUAAAUAAUAAAUCUGUUGAAAAAGUUGCUCCAUUUCACUUAACAGCAGUAAGUUUUAUAUUCUGGCUGGGAAAGACUGAUAGCAAUCUUCAAACAUUAAUGAAAAUGGUGGAAUCCAUCCGCUACAUCAAGUGACUCUGCUGAAAGAGCAUAAUAUGAGCCUGCUGAAUGACACCAAUAGCUCAUUAGUCCUGCAUCCUGUUCUCACAGUGGCCAGCCAGGUGCCUGUAGGAAACCCUCAAGCAGGAUAUGUGUGGCUUCCUUUGAAAGUGACUCUGAAACUACAAUUAAUCCAGAAUGCAGCUUCCAGAUUGGUGACUAGGAGUGGCUGCUGGGACCAUUUGACACCGGUUUAAAAGACCUACAUUGGCUCACAGUUGAGUUCUGAGCACAAUUCAAUGCAUUUGUGAUGACCUGAAUGAAUGAAGGAAUAUUUAUUUGCAUCAGCCAUAGCAAUAAUACAACAAUACGAUAUACAAUGAAUAGAAAUAAAAAGUCAAUUACCGUAUAUAAAAUACAUUUUAGGGUUUUGAAUCAAUAGUUAAAUAGUGGAUCUUAUUCUGAUUGCCCCAGUUAAAAACCUUGCAACCUUUGCUGUCACCUGCUCAUCUUGAUCUGCCAAGAGAAAGGACACUGUGGCAGUGGUUGGGUGACCUGGAAUGGACAAGAAAAGUGAUGACCUUUAAAGCCCUAAAUUGCUUUGGCCCUGUAUACCUUAAGGAGCAUCUCCACCCUCGUCAUUCAGCCCGGACACUGAGCUCCAGUUCUGAGGGCCUUCUGGCGGUUCCCUCAUUUCAAGAAGUGAAGUUACAGAGAACCAGGCAGAGGGCCUUUUCAGUAGUGGUACCCACCCUUUGGAAUGCCCUCCUGUCAGGUGUCAAGUAAUUAACCAAUUAUACAGCCUCCUGAAGGCAGCUCUGUAUCGGGAAGCAUUUAAUAUUUAACGUAUUGGUCUCUUAUAUUCUGUUGCAAGCGGCCCAGAGUGGCUGGGGCAACCCAGUCAGAUGGGUAGGGUACAAGUAAUAAAUAAUAAUAAUUACUAUUAUUAUGAAUGCAACAGUACUCUUCCAACCUGUGAUUUCCCGCAACUGAUAUUCAGAGGCGCAAUGCCUCUGGCAGUGGAGUUAGAACAUCAUGGCUAGUAGUUAUUGAUAGCCUCCUCUGUGAAUUUUUCUAAUCCUCUUCUCCAGUCUUCAGAGAGUAGCUAGAAGUGGGGAGGCAGAAAAAGGUCCUCCUUUCCUUCCACUCUGCAGUUUUAAUCUGAAAUCUUAGGCGCAGUACUGUGCCCAGAGCUCAGAAACUGCUUGCGCUAAUGUUGUAAACUGUGCCUAGAUCCCUAGAACAAUGGGAGUUUCAAACACUGGAUCUUUCCCGGUGGCUUUGUGCAGUGGAAAGAGCUUUGAACUUUGCAGCAUCACAUGCCAGCUUCCCUAUGGCUGACCAUGGCUCUCCAGUGGUCAAACUCUUAAGUAUAAUAAACUGAAAGAAUGAAACUUUCUGACCAAAUGGUUGAGGAGCUACAGUGGUGUAAUCCACUGUAUCAAAAGCUUUUAUAAGAUGAGAAAUAAGCACUAUCGUUUUUCUCCAGUUUGAUAUGAUUAAUUAGACUACUAUUCCUAUCUCUGUUCUAAACAUAGACCUAAAGUCACAUCUGUGAAGGAAGUAGUUCUAAAGCCUUACAAAGUCCAAGUAUUUACACCUUCAACCACAUGGAGAAAACAUUGACCCUAAUACCCAUCAACCGUCAGACUGGAGCAGACCUUCAGUAUGGGCACAUUGCUGCCCCAGAGUUUAAAGGUCUUGUAGGAAUAUCUCCAGGACAACCUGGAAAGGAGGUUUAUGAGCCACCUAUCUCCCCAGCCAGUGCAUCUAUAUUCCCUAACUUAUUCCCUAACUCUUUGCAGAGGGGUCCCAAUAGUUUACUAAAUUGACCUGGUAUGAACCCUGGAGGUGGAUAAACGGAAGACCAUGUCUCACACCCUCUGCAACCAUUUCAAGUAAUUUACCUAUGCAUUGUUUCUGAAACUUUCUAGCACUUUGCCAGCAAUAUGAUUAGACUUCCUUGACUUGCUCAUGACGGCAAAUGUAGAUGACAUAUUGAGUUUCUGUGAGUAGUCUGAGGAACAUAAACAGCAUGUCUGCUUAGUCUUGGAGCAACUAUGUGAACACAAGCUUUCCCAGGGACCUUCUAAUGGUUUAAUGGAAAACGAUGUUCCUCCAUGGAUAUACAAAGAUCUCAGCAGUGCUUGGGGCUUUGCCAACUUCUUCUGCAGACUUGUUUAUACCACCUCCCAUCUGGUUUCACCUUUCACUGCUUCUGAGAAAGAAGACCCUGUUGCAGGUGUGCAAUAUGCAUUCAAAAAGCUGAAGGCUGUCUUCAUCUCUGACCCCAUUCUGGUUCACCCUCACCCAAGUCAACCAUUAUAAUAACAGCAGAUGCAUCCAGUCAGGUUGUGGGGGCCAUUCUGUCCCAGUGCCAGAACUGCAGCAUUUUAUUUGCAGCAACAGGCCCCCACUGAAGAAAAUGACUUCUGGGAUUGGGAGCUACUGGCCAUCAAGGCAGGAUCUGAUAACAGAAACAUAUCAUACAUUUGGAUCAUAAAAUGUACAAAACCUCAUCAGGUCUAUUUGUUAUCCUCUUACAUUUGGUAGUUGCAAACCAAUAUUGCAGGAAGAAAGGCAAGGUUGAUAUAUUUUUUUAUCUUGAAAAGAUGGGCUCUGUUCCUGUGAAUAGAUCCUACUAUCCUUAAUGCUUACCACUCCAUGGAACUGUCAAUGUGGACUUCCCUCCCAGGCUCAGAGAGCCCUGCCAACUGAUGCAUAUGCCAUUUAGCAUCUGAUUGGUGUAGCAGCCGGUGUUGACUAAUCUCAUGUCCAUAUAAGAGAUACUACCUGUUUCGCAAACCUAGACAGCAUCUUAAAAAGCAGAGACAUCACCUUGCCGACAAAGGUCUGUAUAGUUAAAGCUAUGGUUUUCCCAGUAGUGAUGUAUGGAAGUGAGAGCUGGACCAUAAAGAAGGCUGAUCGCCGAAGAAUUGAUGCUUUUGAAUUAUGGUGCUGGAGGAGACUCUUGAGAGUCCCAUGGACUGUGAGUGCUCACUGGAAGGACAGAUCGUGAAGCUGAGGCUCCAGUACUUUGGCCACCGCAUGAGAAGAGAAGAAUCCUUUGAAAAGACCCUGAUGUUGGGAAAGAUUGAGGGUACUAGGAGAAGGGGACGACAGAGGACGAGAUGGUUGGACAGUGUUCUCGAAGCUACGAACAUGAGUUUGACCAAACUGCGGGAGGCAGUGCAAGACAGGAGUGCCUGGCAUGCUCUGGUCCAUGGGGUCACAAAGAGUCGGACACGACUAAACAACAACAACAACCUGUUUCACCACCAGAGAUACUACUAUCCUGAGUGUCCACUUAAGCUUGAGACUCUCCAUGGCUACCAUAUUGCUCCUGCAGGGGCACUGUGCAUUCCUGAGAAGUUCCUGACUUCUGGUGCCUAUCCAUAUGAAAGUAUAUAAAACACUAUGUCUAGUUCUGUGGUGUUGGUACCUGGAACAAGACCCCAUACCAGAGACCCCAGGGUUUACCCCUUGGAGACUAUGAGUCAACAACUCUUUGGCGUUCAUUGUUAAACUCCUAUCUUCAUGAGGAAAUGCUGGUGAUCUUAAUUGUGAUGGAUAUGCAGCUCAAAAUAGGGCAUUUCAUUCCAAAUUAGGGCUUACUGUCUCGCCCCCGACACACACACUAAACCAGGCAUUCCACUUCUUUGAGCUUCCAGCUAAAUGUAAUCUCAGACCACUGGUUUCAGUUCAUUUCUUUGUUUAUGGAAGGCAUUAAUGGAGCUGCAUGAUAUUCCCAUGACAUAUCACCCAUAAAUAGUCAGAAAACAGUGGGUAAACCGAUUCCUGGAGUAAUAUCUCUGCUGCUCCCUCUACUGUCAUCAGGAUGAAUGGGUCUUCUAUUGUCAUGCACAGAAUUCACCUGUAACUACACCACUCAUGUAUAUACCAGACCCCGUUUUAUACCAGUUAUGGAUACCAACCGGGGACCUUCUAACAAUCCCCACUUUAUCCUUGCUCCAUGCUGCUGGAGUUGAACUCUUAUAUCUGUACAAGAUACUUACCAGGUAUGGGGCAGCCUCUCCAGCAAUAUGGUAUGGCACUGGGAUAGAUCAUUGCCAGAUUCCUAGGAGUUAGGUACCACCUAUAUGAGUUUUACCGUUAAUUCUCUGUUGCUUGCUGAAAUAGACAUUUUUAUUUUUUUGUCCAAAGUCUAUUCCAUUGACCUGGAUCAGGUUCAUAGCCAAAAUCACAUUCCCUUGGAUGUUUAAUAGGGUCAAGUAAACCCACUGAUGCACUGACUAGAAUUUUACAGAUUGUGGAUUUUAUACCUGGGCCUUGUCCUGUGUAUAUUGAAAUACUAUCAAAUGAGGAUAGUGGUCUUGUGACAGUCUUACUGGUAAUUGGGUUAGCCAUAAAACUGUGGAUUUGGCGAAUUAGCAGCCAAGGGAUUUGUAAAUUUCCUAGUUUAUUCUGUAUUUCCUGUUCUGAUAGUGGUGUAUUUCUGUUAUAAAAGUGACUUAACUGAUAUAGUAAGGCUGCCAUACGUCCGGAAUUUUAGCCAGAAUUCAUCUGUCAAAAAUAGUGUCUGAGCGGAAUUUUCGCAAAUUGUCUGAAAUUCCCUCCUAAAGACGUCUCAGAAUUUGCCUCCUUUUAUUCUAAAUUAUAUACUUCACAAUCCACAAGCAAAAAAAGAUAUCCACAAUAUCUUAGUAAACUUACCUAUACCAUCACUAACUCCUGAUGAGGAAACCUUUUUAAGAUAGCUCUAUCUCCCCGGAAGAAAUUGACAAUGUUUUUUAAAAAACUGAAACUACAUUAAGCUCCAGGACCAGAUGGGUGGUCUCAUUGGUGAAAACUUAUAUCUCACCCCUGAAGGCAACUCCUGGAGGGUGACAAGCACCCUCCUUGUUGAACUAAAAGUUGUUGACUUUCUUUUUCCAGAAGGCAUUUUAAGGUAGUGUUUAGAUUUAUGUUUGGUUUCAUGAUUAUUUUUAUUUUUCUGUAAGGCUAUGCUUUAUAUAUGCCACUUAAAAAUGCUAUCAACCAAGCUGUACCUAAAUGCCUUAAAUGAAUGAAUGAAUAAUCCCAUACAAAGUAGACCCAUUGAAAUUAUUGGACCUAAUUUGGUCAUGUCCGUUAUUUCAGUGGGUCUAUUCUGUGUAGGACUAGCAUUGGCUGCAACCUGUAUGUUGUUAUGACAAGGAAGUAAAGAAAAUUAGGGAGACGCAUAUUUUAAGUAACAACCCCCCUGUUUCUGUUGUUUUUAGAUGAUGCUGCAAGUGUGAUUCAGUUUGGUAAAUCUGCUAAACGGUCACCAGAAUCUACUCAGAUCGGACAGUAUGGGAAUGGCUUGAAAUCAUUUCUCAUGAAGGAAGCACACAAAGAAGGGCCUGAGCUGAUAAUUGCAGGGUCUGAUUCAGUUCAUAUGGGGAGGAGCAGUCCUUAAGGUAUUGCGGCUCUGAGCAGUUUAAGGCUUUAUAGUUCAAAACCAGCCCUUUGAAUUGGGCCCAGAAACUAACCAGCAGCCAGUGCAGUCAGGGCAGGAUUGGUGUAAUAUACUUAAAUUAUCUUGCCCCAGUGAGCAACCUGGCUGCUGAAUUCUGCACCAACUGAAAUUUCUGUAGCAUCUACAGCGGCAGCCCCAAUGCACAAGUUGCAUAAUGUAACCUAGUGGUUACCAGAGCAUAGACAACAGAAGUUAGGCUAUCCCUGUCCAGGUAAGAGUGCAGUUGGGCCAUCAGCUGAAGUUUAUGGAAGGCACUCGGCGCCACUGAAGCCAUCUGAGCCUCAAGCGACAGCAAAGGAUUCAGAAGUACCCACAAUCUACGUACCUGCUCCUUCAGAGGAAGUGUGACACCAUCAAGAGCAGGCAACCUCUCAUCCAUCUGAUCUAGGGAACCACCCACUAACAGUCUUAUCUGGAUUGAGCUUCAGUUUGUUGGCUCUCAUCUAGUUCAUUACCAAGGCAAGACAACUGUUCAGCGUAUCCACUGACAGCUGCAGAUGUAAAGGAGAUGUAGAGCUGUGUGUCAUCAGCAUAUUUCUGACAACGUAUUCCAAAACGCCAGAUAACCUCACUCGGCAGUUUAAUGUAGAGGGAAUAAAAUUGAACCCUAAGGAACUCUAUGGUGAAGCUUCCACGGAGGUGAAGAGCACUCCGCAAGCAUCACCCUCUGGAAAUGGCCAUCCAAGUAAGACCAGAGCCACUGCAAAGCAUUGCCAGCCAUCCCUGACUCAGAGAGCUACUCGAGAAGGAUAGCAUGGUUAGUGGUAUCAAGCUGCUGAGAGGUUGAGGAGCAUUAACAAGGACACAUUUCCCCUGUCUCUCCCAAUAGAGGUCAUCAUACAGGACAACCAAAGGAGUUUCUGUGCCAAAACUGGGACUAAACCCCAAUUGAAAAGGUUCCCUACUUGCUCCCUCUCCCUAAGCUCUGGAAUAUACCAGGAAGCCAAAUGGGCUCCACAAAGCAGGAGAGGGCACUGGAUUUGCACAUUUAUCCAAAUACAGUAAAACCACGGCAGGCAGCAGUAUUGCUUCCUGCAUUUCAUCAGUGGGAUUUCAUAGUCGAGAGACAGCGAGAAUCUAAACUCAUGGUGAUGAACAAGUUUGAGAAAAAGUUACAAACUGGUUUGCUGGGGUUACAUCUGAAAGCUCACUUGCUGUCAUGUGAUCCCAUGACAGUUGAUACCCAUAAUCUAUAGUGGGUGGAGAGCACCACUAAUACCUGUUGGCACACCUUGCAGCUUUGGUGAAUUAGAUUGAAGUAAUCACUUGAUGUAAUGGCAAAUUCUUAAAUGGGAGUGCCUGAUCACCUCAUCUGUCUCCUGAUAAAUCUCUAUGUGGGACAAGAAGCUACAGUUAGAACUGGAUAUGGAACAACUGAUUGGUUCAAAAUUGGGAAAGGAGUACGACAAGGCUGUAUAUUGUCUCCCUGCUUAUUUAACUUAUAUGCAAAAUUCAGGAGAGUACAAAAUAUGGUCUGAAGCUCAACAUCAAAAAAGCUAAGACCAUGGCCACUGGUCCCGUCACCUCCUGGCAAAUAGAAGGGGAAGAAAUGGAGGCAGUGAGAGAUUUUACUUUCUUGGGCUCCAUGAUCACUGCAGAUGGUGACAGCAGUCAUGAAAUUAAAAGAUGCCUGCUUUUUAGGAGAAAAGUGAUGACAAACCUAGACAGCAUCUUAGAAAGCAGAGACAUCACCUUGCCGACAAAGCUCCGUAUAGUUAAAGCUAUGGUUUUCCCAGUACAGUGGUACCUCUACUUACGAAUUUAAUGCAUUCCGAAGGCACAUUCGUAAGUCGGAAAAAUUGCAAGUCGAAUCCCAUAGGAAUGCACUGGGAGAAAAAAUUCGUAUGUCGAAGCAACCCUAUCUAAAAAUUCAUAAGUUGAAAAAAUCCUAUCUAAACCGCAUCCAAGAUGGCGGACGGAGCUCUGUUCGUAAGUCGAAACAUUCGUAAGUAGAGUUAUUCGUAAGUAGAGGUACCACUGUAGUGAUGUAUGGAAGUGAGAGCUGGACCAUAAAGAAGGUUGAUCGCCGAAGAAUUGAUGCUUUUGAGUUAUGGUGCUGGAGGAGACUCUUGAGAGUCCCAUGGACUGCAAGAAGAUCAAACCUAUCCAUUCUGAAGGAAAUCAGCUCUGAGUGCUCACUGGAAGGACAGAUUCUGAAGCUGAGGCGCCAGUACUUUGGCCACCUCAUGAGAAGAGAAGACUCCCUGGAAAAGACCCUGAUAUUGGGAAAGAGUGAGGGCGCAAGAAGGGGACGACAGAGGACGAGAUGGUUGGACAGUGUUAUUGAAGCUACAAAUAUGAGUUUGACCAAACUGUGGGAGGCAGUGGAAGACAGGAGUGCUCUGGUCCAUGGGGUCACAAAGAGUUGGACAUGACUAAACAAUAAUCACUUACAGCUUCUGGAGUUCAAAUGCUUUAUUCAUGCAGGAACUAUUCAUAGGAUGAGUGAAGAUAGAAAAAUAGCAGACAUCUUGUCUGGAGAGGACAGCAAGCAAAAUUGCUAAGCUUUUAGGGUGGAGUUAACAGAGGUUACAAGUAAGUGCUGGCUAUGUUGUUACACAAACAGUGCCCUCUAGUGGUUUAAAGCUACAUGGAUCAACUAUAAGCUUAAAAGAAGGUAAUGUACAUUUGCUUUCCUCCAACAAUAUCAGGUGUUUCCUGUGGUCUAUCUCCUUGGAUUUUCACAAAAUGCAUAAUAAUAAUUGCAGAAUAUUUAUAAAGUUACAACUCUAAAUGGAGAUCUAGUUUCUUCCCAAUUCUUCCAAAGGAAGAUGUUCUUAUUCAUGACCACGCAGAAAAACCUUUACAGCAAAUAUGGACAAACUGGACAAUUCAACAAACUGAAACAAUAAAACUAUCCAUAAAACUCUAAAAGCAAUGAAACAAUUUAUCAGACAGACAAUUGAUUAAAUGUUGACUGGGUUGCACCCUAAAGAAAGCCUUCAUAAACAGAAAAUGUCUUCAGUAUGUACCAAAACAUAUUCACUCAAGGUAUCUUUCUGAUUUUGUCUGGUGAUUUGCAACACUAAAUGGGCAACCCUUUCACAUGUGUGAAUUACAGAAUAUAGGCUCCAUUUUGUACUUUUAACUGGCAUCAACUCAGGUUGUCAUUAGCUCUUCCCUCCUUCAGAAAGAUCUUGUGAUGAAAAACCACCCCAAGUCUUCACAGGAUAGCCUGUGUAUGAACUUGUACAAAAUGGAACAAAAGGAAAGAGCUGAGACAAAUAGAAACUUAACUGUCACUAAGAUGUGCUGUACUGUACCUCUGUUUCUUCAAGUGCAUGUUGCAGAUACAGUAUGUAAGAAGCUCCCUCAUACCGAAUCAAACCAUUGGUCAUCUAGCAAACACAUCAUUGUCUAUGCUGGCAGAAGCACCUCUCCAGAGUUCCAGAUGAGGGCCUUUCCCAGCCCUACCUGGAGAUGCUGAUUGUUGAAUUUGAGACUGUCUAUAAGCAAAGCAUGUUUACCAUUGAGCCACAGUCCCCUCUUCAAAAGGACUAGGGCAACAAAUAGUGUGUAUGUUGAAAUCGAAAUUUCUUGUCAACAACUUAUGAAACUAAGUAGGAGAGCAUUGCUCUGUUGUGCAUUUAUAUAUUUUACUCCGUAUCUGCAUGUAAUCAAACUGCCAUGGACGCUCCGAGGCACAGAAGCUACUUGAACUCUGGUAUAUGGGAAGAAUCUGGAUUAUGGUGUCUAUUCUGUUAUUUUACAGCUUCAUGUAGGGUUAAACCACAGAGCCUAGGGUUUGCUGAUCAGAAGGUCGGCGGUUCGAAUCCCUGCGAUGGGGUGAGCUCCCGUUGCUCGGUCCCAGCUCCUGCCCACCUAGCAGUUUGAAAGCACAUCAAAGUGCAAGUAGAUAAAUAGGGUCCGCUCCGGCGGGAAGGUAAACGGCGUUUCCGUGUGCUGCUCUGGUUCGCCAGAAGCAGCUUUGUCAUGCUGGCCACAUGACCCGGAAGCUGUCUGCGGACAAACGCCGGCUCCCUCAGCCUAUAGAGCGAGAUGAGUGCCGCAACCCCAGAGUCGGACACGACUGGACCUGAUGGUCAGGGGCCUUUACCUUACGGUGGGAAGGUAAAUGGCAUCUCCAUUUGCUGCUCUGGUUUGCCAGAAGCGGCUUUGUCAUGCUGGCCACAUGAUCUGGAAGCUGUACGCCGGCUCCCUUGGCCAGUAAUGCGAGAUGAGCGCCGCAACCCCAGAGUCGGUCACGACUGGACCUAAUGGUCAGGGGUCCCUUUACCUUAUAAUUAUUGCUGAUGAAUUUUAAUGCCAGAGUAGGACAGAGUAGUCCUGGCAAAUAGAAGGGGAAGAAAUGGAGGCAGUGAGAGAUUUUACUUUCUUGGGCUCCUUGAUCACUGCAGAUGGUGACAGCAGUCACGAAAUUAAAAGACGCCUGCUUCUUGGGAGAAAAGCAAUGACAAACCUAGACAGCAUCUUAAAAAGCAGAGACAUCACCUUGCCGACAAAGGUCCGUAUAGUUAAAGUUAUGAUUUUCCCAGUAUUGAUGUAUGGAAGUGAGAGCUGGACCAUCAGGAAGGCUGAUCGCUGAAGAAUUGAUGCUUUUGAAUUAUGGUGCUGGAGUAGACUCUUGAGAGUUCCAUGGACUGCAAGAAGAUCAAACCUAUCCAUUCUGAAGGAAAUCAGCCCUGAGUGCUCACUGGAAGGACAGAUCGUGAAGCUGAGGCUCCAAUACUUUGGCCACCUCAUGAGAAGAGAAGAAUCCUUGGAAAAGACCCUGAUGUUGGGAAAGAUUGAGGGCACUAGGAGAAGGGGACGACAGAGGACGAGAUGGUUGGACAGUGUUCUCGAAGCUACGAACAUGAGUUUGACCAAAGUGCGGGAGGCAGUGCAAGACAGGAGUGCCUGGCGUGCUAUGGUCCAUGGGGUCACGAAAAAUCGGACACGACUAAACAACAACAACAGGACAGGACAAUUGAGUUAUUUGUAGGAAAAGUCUUCUCCAUUGAAAAAUAAUAUAAAAACCAACUACUAUUUUGGAUAACUGGUUAACAACCCUAAUGAAGAAUUUUAGUUGAAUAACCAUACACCUUUUGAUUUCUUUAUUAAAUUUACGUAUUUCCCAAUCUCAGCAUAGGUGCCAUAUUUUGAAAUAUCAGUUGGAAGUAUAUUUUUAAUGCUGUCAUUCAUUAGAAAUAUUAUUUUUUAAAUAUUUUUCAUAUUGGAAGUAACACACCAAAAGCAAAAUAGUCUCAGAAGUAAGCAAAUCUGUCUUCCUUAACCUACUUAAAUAUUGUCCUUGUUGAUUAAAACUGUUCCCCUCCACUUAAUCAACAAGGGUUUUAUCUUAUUAAUCUACCAGCUAGGAUAGAUAUCAGAAGUCUGGAAAUGUGGCAGAAAGUUUGGUGAUAUUAUUCACGCAAGUGCCCAGAUAUAUAAAUGUUGCAUUAUGAUUUAUACAACAGAGGUGCUGAUUGAAUGUGAAGUAUCACUCAAUUUAGUUAGGAGGUUGUGUUUUUUUGCUGUGCCGUUAGGAACUACCGUAGUCAGUAUCUUGGUCACACUUGAGUGUGACUUAAGUGUUGGGUACUUGCGUCAAGUUGGAACAGUAAACAAGUUUACAUCUUUGGUUAUCAAGAAAAAAUGCUGGCUAUUAGGACAUGGAUAGCAGAGUACUUUAAUGUUGCUACUAAGCUGUACAAUGGUACCUUGGUUUGCAACCAUUUUGGAUUACAACUGUUUUGGAUUACAACCACGUCAAACCCGGAAGUGUGUGUUCCUUUUUUGGAUUACAACCCUUUUUUUUGGGAGGCCCCAUUGGCGAAAGUGCGCCUUGGGUUACAACCUGUUUUGGUUUACAACUGGACCUCCGGAACAGAUUAUGACUGUAAACCAAGGUACCACUGUACUCUGCUUCUGCUUCAAAUCUGUGAUUAGCUAUAAUAAGUGUAUUGAUCUUGAGUAAGACUUGUUGGUAUAUACCUUAACACUGAAAUCUUCCGAUAGGGGUUCCAUGCGUAUUGGCAAGGAUUUUAUCCUCUUCACGAAGAAGGAGAACAGUCUCACUUGCCUCUUCUUGUCUCGCACAUUUCAUGAGGAAGAAGGAAUUGAUGAGGUAAUUGUUCCACUGCCCACCUGGAAUGCUCGUACUGGGGAACCUUGGACAGACAACAUGGAGAAAUUCUCCAUUGAGACUGAACUAAUUUACAAGUAUUCUCCCUUUAAAUCAGAGCAGGAAAUAAUGGAACAGUUUAACAAGAUCUCUGGGGACAAAGGGACUCUGGUGAUAAUCUUCAACCUCAAACUGAUGGAUAAUGGUGAACCUGAGCUGGAUGUGACCUCAGAUCCCCGAGACAUCCAGAUGGCUGAAACACCACCUGAGGGAACGAAGCCAGAGCGUCGUUCCUUCCGUGCUUAUGCUGCUGUGCUCUACAUUGAUCCCAGAAUGAGAAUAUUUAUCCAUGGACACAAAGUGCAAACUAAGCGUCUUUCCUGCUGCUUAUUCAAGCCUAGGAUGUACAAAUAUACUUCCAAGCGGUUCAAGACCAGAGCAGAGCAGGAAGUGAAGAAAACAGAGCACCUGGCUCGGAUUGCUGAAGAAAAGGCUCGGGAAGCUGAGAGCAAAGCCCGUGCUUUGGAGCUGCGCUUGGGAGGGGACCUCACAAGGGAAUCCAGGGUCAUGCUGCGCCAAGUCCAGGACGUGGCGAUAACCAUGCGUAGAGAAGCAGAUGUUAAGAAGAUGAUCAAGGAGGCAAAGCAGCGAGCCCUCAAGGAGCCAAAGGAGCUGAAUUUCAUCUUUGGCGUGAACAUCGAGCAGCGGCAUUUGGAUGGGAUGUUUAUCUAUAACUGCAGCCGACUGAUUAAGAUGUAUGAGAAGGUGGGCCCGCAGCUGGAGGGUGGCAUGGCAUGUGGCGGUGUUGUCGGAGUGGUUGACGUCCCCUACCUGGUUUUGGAGCCGACACAUAACAAGCAGGACUUUGCCGAUGCCAAGGAGUAUCGGCACUUACUAAGGGCAAUGGGAGAACAUUUGGCUCAGUACUGGAAAGAUGUUGAGAUUGCUCAGAAAGGUAUAAGCAAGUUCUGGGAUGACUUUGGCUAUUUAUCUGCUAACUGGAACCAGCCUCCAUCAAAUGAAUUGCGUUACAAGCGGCGGAGAGCCAUGGAGAUCCCCACCACCAUUCAGUGCGACUUGUGUCUGAAAUGGCGGACCCUCCCCUUUCAGCUCAGCUCUGUGGAGCAGGAAAACCCAGACACCUGGGUUUGUUCCAUGAACCCCAGCCCUGAUCAGGACAGGUGUGAAACUCCUGAACAGAAGCAGAAGGUUCCCCUGUGUGUGCUGCGGAAAGAGAAGUCUCAGGAGGAAAAGCAGAAAGAGCUGUCAGAUAAAAUUCGCCAGCAGCAGGAGAAGCUGGAGGCGCUGCAGAAAACUACUCCAAUACGUUCCCAUGCUGACCUGCGGAAACUGCCCUUGGAAGUCACCACCCGCCCAACACUAGAGAAUUCAGAUCCGCUGAGCAGGCCGCAGCGGCCACGCUCUCCCCCUCUGCCAGAAGUGAUUCGAAAUGCUCCCAGCAAGCCUCCUGCCCCACUGACCACUUCCAGGUCCACUGGCCAUCAGAAUAAGGGGCCCCCACCACGGCCAGCCAUCAGCAGCUCUAAGCCGCAGAGUUUGGUCUCUAGGGAAGAUGCCAGGUUUUCCAAGACGCAGAAUCACAUGGUGGCGACACCCGGGAGGUCCGCAUCCACCCCGGUCAGGCCCGCCUCCAAGCCUGCAGCAAGUGGCAGGGUGCCCCCUGCGCCUCUUCAGAACGCCAAGAGCCACCACAGAACCCCCAGCCCAAAACCUGCAAAGGGACAGCUGUCGCUGAAGAAAUCGCCUGUUGUGAAGCACCCCCAGGCUUCAGGUUCCAAGAAGAGAAGCAUUAGCUCAAUAGAGGAUGAAUUGGAAGAGGAAACUGGGCCAAGGAAAGAGAAGAGGAAACAUGGGCGACACGUGACAGUGAAAGAAGAGAAGAAAGAUGCCAACGAGGUGGAGGUGGAACUGACAGACAGCGGAGGGGAAGAAGACUUGGCAGAACUGAAGAGGGCACAGAAAGAUAAAGGGCUCCACGUGGAAGUCCGCGUGAACAAGGAGUGGUUCACGGGCCGAGUUACAAAUGUGGAGAUGGGCAAGAAAGGUAUCCGCUGGAAAGUGAAGUUUGACUAUGUCCCGACAGAUACCACCCCAAGAGAUCGCUGGGUCGAGAGAAACAGCGAGGAUGUUCGACUCAUGAAGCCUCCCUCACCAGAACUGCGAACUCCAGACACUCAAAAGCAACAGAAGGAAGACGUUGCGCCCAAGCCCUCUACCUCAGAGUGUGUCCGGACUGAGCCAGACACCACCGCUUCCAGCAACAGCCAUGAGAUUGUAGACUUACUAGCUCAAUCUCUCCGGAAUUGCUUGCGGUACUUCUUACCCCCAAAUUUCCCCAUCUCCAAGAAUGACCUGAGUGCCAUGAAUUCAGAAGAGUUAGCAGCUUUCCCUCUGAAAGAAUAUUUCAAGCAGUACGAGAAGGGGCUGCAAAACUUAUGCAACUCCUACCAGACUCAAGCUAACGCCCAGGCCAAAGCCUCUGAAGAGAAGCUUCACAUCCAAGAACAGAAGCUCAUGGAAACAAAAGAGAAACUCCAGAAGCUAAGGACUAACAUAGUAGCACUGCUACAAAAAGUCCAAGAGGACAUUGAUUUCAAUACAGAUGACGAACUGGAUGCAUACAUUGAGGACCUGAUCACAAGGGGAGACUGACCAGCCAAUUGGAUUCCAAUACCCGUGUGAAGUUGGUUCCCCGGGAAAUCCCAGAGUGAUGUGUAGAGAAGUGUGGCCAAGGACAUUAGACACUGUAUUGUAUUAGUGUGCAUUGGAGUACGACUUGUUCUUAAGACCCUUUUUUUUACAUAUGUAACAGAAGUGCUGUUGAAGGUUAUUAGCCUUUUGUUUAUAAAUAUUUUGGAAAAAAACAACAA